CCACCCGGGGCUUCCGGCGGGAAGAGCAGCUGCCCGCCGCGGCGCAGGCUUGGCAUGAGGUACGACGGGCCCACCGGCACCUCAGGGCCCCCACCGCACCGUGACGAGCGUGGGGGACCGCGGUCCGCGGCAGGUAAGAGCGAACGGUGGCGGCAGGUAAGAGCGGACGGCGGCGGCAACAGCACAGCCCUGCUCAGCGCCGACAAAAUCGUGUAGUUUCCGGCGAGAUGACGCGGUGACUCAACACGGGUGGGAAUAAAUAGGCGGACUCCUACUGGGGAGUAGUACUUGUGUCUCUCCUAAGUGAAACAGCGCGCACAGCCAGAACCUGCCACAGCCAGAUCCCCGCCGGGACAUGAUCCUGCCCUGCGCCCUGCUAGCCGCUCUCCUGGCUGCCAGCCACGGAGCCAACCCUUGCUGCUCAAACCCCUGUCAGAACAGAGGAGUAUGCAUGACAACAGGAUUUGAUCAGUAUGAAUGUGAUUGUACAAGGACAGGGUAUUAUGGGGAAAACUGUACAACACCGGAAUUCUUCACAUGGCUGAGGCUAACAUUGAAACCUUCGCCGAAUACUGUCCACUACAUCCUCACCCACUUCAAAGGAGCCUGGAAUAUCAUCAACAACAUUCCCUUCUUACGAGAUGCUAUUAUGAGAUAUGUAUUAACGUCAAGAUCACACUUGAUUGACAGCCCACCAACUUACAACAGUGAUUAUAGUUACAAAAGCUGGGAAGCUUAUUCCAAUCUUUCCUAUUACACAAGAAGCCUUCCACCAGUAGGACUUGACUGUCCAACACCAAUGGGUGUUAAAGGUAAGAAAGAGCUCCCAGAUUCAAAGGUGAUUGUGGAGAAGUUUUUACUAAGGAAAAAAUUUAUUCCUGACCCACAAGGCACAAAUGUGAUGUUCACAUUCUUUGCCCAACACUUCACGCAUCAGUUCUUUAAGACGGACCAGAAGAAAGGACCUGGCUUCACUAAAGCUCUCGGCCAUGGGGUUGACUUGAACCAUAUUUAUGGAGAGACUCUGGAGAGACAACUGAAACUGAGACUCCUGAAGGAUGGAAAGCUAAAAUACCAGAUAAUUGAUGGAGAAAUGUAUCCACCAACUGUGAAGGACACUCAGGCAGAGAUGAUCUACCCUCCUCACGUACCUGAACACUUGCAGUUUUCGGUCGGGCAGGAGGUGUUUGGUUUGGUCCCAGGCUUGAUGAUGUAUGCUACAAUAUGGCUGAGGGAACACAACCGGGUCUGUGACAUCCUGAAACAGGAGCAUCCAGAGUGGGAUGAUGAGCAGCUCUUCCAAACAACGAGACUCAUAUUGAUAGGAGAGACAAUCAAGAUCGUUAUCGAGGACUAUGUGCAGCACUUAAGUGGCUACCACUUCAAACUCAAGUUUGAUCCUGAGCUGCUGUUCAACCAGCGAUUUCAGUACCAGAACCGAAUUGCAGCCGAAUUCAACACUCUAUACCACUGGCACCCGCUUCUGCCUGACACUUUCCAGAUACACGACCAGGAGUACACUUUCCAGCAGUUCCUCUACAACAACUCUAUAAUGCUGGAACAUGGCCUUUCCCAUAUGGUGAAAUCUUUCUCCAAGCAAAGUGCUGGCAGGGUUGCUGGUGGGAAAAAUGUUCCUGCUGCAGUACAGAAAGUAGCAAAGGCUUCAAUUGACCAAAGCAGACAAAUGAGAUACCAGUCCUUGAAUGAGUACAGGAAGCGCUUCAUGUUGAAACCAUUCAAGUCAUUUGAAGAACUUACAGGAGAAAAAGAAAUGGCAGCUGAACUGGAAGAGCUUUAUGGAGACAUCGAUGCUAUGGAGCUGUAUCCGGGCCUCCUCGUAGAGAAGCCACGACCAGGUGCCAUCUUUGGUGAAACAAUGGUGGAGAUUGGAGCUCCGUUCUCCUUGAAAGGACUGAUGGGAAAUGCAAUCUGCUCCCCUGAGUACUGGAAGCCAAGCACCUUCGGUGGAAAAGUGGGCUUUGAAAUAAUUAAUACCGCCUCCUUACAGAAGCUCAUCUGCAACAACGUGAAAGGCUGUCCUUUCACUGCUUUCCACAUCUUAAAUCCUGAACCCACAGAGGCAACUAUUAAUGUUAGUACCUCAAAAACAGCAAUGGAAGAUAUCAACCCCACACUACUACUGAAAGAGCGAUCUGCUGAGUUGUAAAAAUCCAUCUAUUUAUUUAUUUAAUUAUAUAAUUUAUUCUAUUUAUGGCUUAAAGUGUUUAAAAACAAAAACAACUUGAGCAUCUUCAUUGAGGGGGUUGCUCUAGAUUCCUUACUUGGGUAAGGCUUCCAUUUACAAAAGGGAUUUUCUGUGUUUGAGGUCUACAGUUGUGAAUCCCUUGUUUAAAUUCUUCUGUAACAGAACUAUGUAUUCCAAAGUGGACCAAGAUUCCAACUUUUUUAAUUUUUUUUUUUUAAAUACUUGACAAAGGGUGUUGGUGGGAUUUUUUUAUCUUUUCACUUGAUAGGUCACAUAACACUACACAAGCAAGUUAUUGCCUCAGCGACUUCUUAAACUUGACAACGAACCAUUGAACUAAAAGUACAAGAAAAUUUAACUUAAUGAAAACUGCCAGAAAAGGUUACGAAUUCAGUAUGAGCACUCUAGGAUGAACAAAAAAACCCAAACAACUGAUACUUGAGACUCACUUAUUUAUGUAAAGUCAGAAAAUGCAUUACAUUUAUCGUUGAUGCUACCUCUCCCUCAUUGCAAAUAAGGCACUUUGUACGGUAACUUACAUGGUUGGUUUUAUGUAUAAAUCUACUUUUCUGUGUCGUACUUUUAAAAUUGAGUUAUAUUUUGUUUAAAUAAUUACUCUUGGAUCUUAUUUUUGAAGCAUAUGUCACAGAAGUAUUAUUUGUGCGAGAGAUUUUAAGCUUAGAAAUAACUGAUCAGGCUGUUUGUAUUUUGAUACAGAUGUUUUAUUGUGCAAGUUUAGGGAGGUCUUAAACUUAGUCCAAAGUAUUGGUAUUUUUUCCAUUGCUGUCGUUCUCCGGUCUAUUUGAUAAUACAAUUUUAAUCUCUGUUGCUUUAACAACAGAUGGAGAGUGUUGCUUGCAUUAAAAAUGUGACUAUAGUAUUGCUCUAUGUACCCAAAACACAGAGAUUAUUGGGGAAGAGUAAAUACUGAGAAGCUGUGUGAACAUACACAGCGGGAAAAUUAAUACAGAAUAGAUAUAGCAAAACUUUGAGGCACUAAGACUUGAAGGUAGCCUAUGUCUGUGUGCACAAGGCAUACUUCUAACUUAUAAUUCUAUUUAUUGGGGGAGGAGGAAUAAUGUUUUGUUUGUAAUUUAUAAACAGAGGCAUUUUAAGUAAGUGGCUUAAGCUUAAAUAAAACUGGCUAGCUAGCACAAAGCCUAGACAUAUCUGUCCUGAUCCACCACUAAAAUAUCUAGUCUCAUCUGGGCACAUAAGAAGUUACGCAGGAUCUUGUACCAGCACUUCAACCUUUGCAUAUAAGGGUAUCUUUCUUUAAUUUCUAGAGAGGAAAUGUAGAAGAUGAUCUUCCCAUAAAAACAGCUGGGGAACUGUAGGUAAAAAGGAAAAAGUCACUUCAGACUGGAGUAGAGCAACCUGGUAUUCUGUGCCCCUGCGCAAAAUUCGUUGACUGCUUGUGGAAAAGGACUUGAGUUUCAUAUUGCAUCGGAACCUCUUAAAUGGUUAUAGAGGCUCGUACAUUGCAACAGCUGUGGCACUAGUAUAGUUUGACAGUGACUUCUGUUUUCUGUUGAUUUGUUCAGAGACACUGAUUACCUUAUGCUGAGUAAGUCUGGAGUUGUUACAUCUCCUAUAGCGAUCAAUACUGGUGACUGAUGUGAGGUGAGCUUUGGUAUGGAUGCUUUGGGAGAAAGAAGGGCAUUUGUUUUCCUUUUUCUAUUUAUUUGAAGUGUGAAGAAGGGAAAAACUUGUACCAAAAGGUGGUCAGUACUGUGUAAGUGAAGGCUGCCUGGAUGCUCGUUAAGCAUGGAACUGUCAUUCAGAUCCAUCUUUGGAACACGCUUCUUCAGAGCACCCUUCUGCCGGUGACAAGGAAAAGUGUUUGGCUUAGAGUCAAAGGGAGACAAGCCUGGACAGAUCUAGUUAUCGUGGGGUAGGUAAAGACAAAUUCCUCGGACCAUGUAAUUUGAGUUAAGUUAUAAGCUGCUUCAGAAAGGAAUCAUGUUCGCUCUGCGUUUUGUACUCUGCAGCCACAUUUCAACAGUGUGACCCAACCUGCUGGGUUUGGCUGGGUUCAAGUUGCUCCUGAUUAAAAAAAAUGUAUGUUUGAGAUUAUUUAUUUAAAAUUCUGUGAAUUGUUUUUCACAUUGUUUUUGUAGGACAAGAAUGUUUUUUAACGUGCAAAUGUUUAUAAAAAUAAACUGAAAACAUUACCUG